AUGGCCGCCAUGGACUCACCAACCACCAUCCGUCCAGAUGCUUUCCCCGAGUUCUUCACGAUGGGACGCCGGAGCGGGACUCAGCAAGAUCUUGCUGGGCGCGAGUUCCUGACACAUUGCCCCCCCGACCUUCCCCCCCGCCAUCGCAUAUUAGCCCUCCUGGGCAUAACAGACGAAGGCGAUCUAGCCAGCCCUAGUGAGGACGGGUGGUUUGCGUCAGACUUCUACCUGUUCCACCAUCUCCUAUCCCCCCAAUUUCCACGACCGCCUAACCAAAUAUGGUUGACGUGCGAAGACCCGUCGGUCCUCGUUGCAAAAUACCAUGAAUACCUUCAUGGUGACCCAGAAGGGGACCGGCGGGCGGUACUAGAUGGCGAGAGACUCCCCAACAUCCUAGAGGCUGGGAACAUACGUGUUGUGCCACGACGGGAUCUUCUUGAAAGAUACCUCAGCACACUCAAAGAGCAAGCGGCCGAAGCGGCCCGCUGUGAAGAGCAUCUAGUCCUGCUGUUUUUUGGGCAUGGCAGCCCAGAUCAUGGGGUAGAGGUUGGUGGUUCUAUCCUGCAUAUGAAAGACCUCCGUCGUCUACUGCAACCAAAAUCUCCUACCACUAUCUUCAGUACAUCGUGCUACUCCGGUGGCUGGCUCGUCCGCCCAGACAUUAACCAACAGCAGCUGAACACCACGGCUAUAACAGCAGCGGGCGAUGAGAAUGAAUCAUCAUCAUGGUCUGUCAGCAGAAGUGCUGGGCGCGCCAGUGGUAGCCUAGCUGCCUCUGCUGUUCUACGUUGUCUAGUAGAUGCUGAGGAGGAAGCCCAGGAGGGGACAGAACAUCCCACCUAUAUUGCUUUCUCAAAGUCGGUAUAUGACUGUGUGAGGGGCAUGGGAGCACUGGGCAUUAUCCAAAAGAUCUACUUCUCCGCUGAAGACGAUGACUGGGAGACAAGCUACCAGCCCCGUAUCGGUUUGCCCCUGACAUCAUACAAGAACAAAUGGCUGUCUCUACGACAGGUCCCUCCCUCCCCUUCCUCGACCAGUGGGUCGGAGCCGGCGACGACCGGCGGCAGGCGUUUGAAACGCCUAAAGUAUCUCGCAGAAGAGUACUUUGCCGCAAAGCCUGGUUUGAACGAAGCCGCUCCAAAUAUUGGGCUGCAUAACUGUCUCCGAUUCGUCCUCAAUGGCACUACCUACUCGAAUGACAAGGUGGAGAGCCUGACGGAAACCACGGCGUACAGGCUAGGGGCGAUGCAUGAGGCAGACUAUCUAAGGGAGCAGAUAGGGCUGGAGUUCCCCUCCAUCUUUGGCAUGGAGAUUUGCUUCGUCUCGAUGGAGCGUCGGUCCAGCAACCGGCAGUUGUACUCACCGACAUGGAGAUUGCUUCGGGACCGAAAGAUCUGCACAACUCCAAUUGGAAUCCGCCUGCAUUUCCCCAAGCCCCUCCAGUACCUUACAAUUGCGCUGGCGGAGACAUCCACGUCCUGGGAGGUGGUUCAGAACCAGGUGGAGGCUAUGGCCUCAAAGAAAAAGGCCUGGUUCCGGUUCAUCUACAGGGCUUGGAUGGGAAAUCGAGUUGCCCGUGACGAAGGAGUGAUGAAGAGCAGACGGGCCUUCUUAGAGGCUUGUAGAAAGCUCAGGUAUUAA